CUCCCGAGUAUAUGCUAAGUUACUUUAUUCAAUUUGUUUUUGUCUUUGAUUUAGUUUUGGAAAAGAUCACAGUAUGUUCAGCAAAAUUUUAAUCGCUUUGGGAGUUGUGUUGGCUAUCUCAGCUUCGGGUAAGAAAAUUUAUAAAUUUUCGGUGAUUGAAUCACAAUGCUUGAUAAUGUUUCUUGCGUGAAAUAUGCAGUUAUCUGAAAAGAUGUGGGAAGCUAUAUAUUUCAAGUUACAUAUAGGAUAAUGUAAUUGGUUGAUAGUGUAGCUAUUUCAAGGAAAAAACAUUUCCUGCGCAAAAUAAAACUUUUUAGUCGAUCUGGCUGCGGGGGGUACAAGACAAUUUCCAACUAAUGAUCAACUGCAUGUCUUUUUUUUGUUUGUUUUAGGGAGUGCUCUGAAAUGCGAUUAUUGUGAAUACUCGAAAGCACAGCCAAAACAACAACAAACAUGUGGCACACUCACCUGUCCUCAAUUUUGUGCCACAUUUACUGCUAGCUUCCCAAAUGGCACAGAAGGUGUUGUAAAAGGCUGUGGCAACGCGAAUGCUUGCCUCGAUGUUGAAAGACGCUGUAACUUUGCAACACUAAAAUGGAAUCUGAAAUCGUGUACCUUUGCAUGUUGUAAUACCGAUUAUUGCAACAGUGCAACUGGUGUCAUGGUGACCAAGUUUACUCUUUCCUUGAUGGUGAUUGUUGGUUUUAUUUUUGCUUAACUUGAUGUACUUUGCGUUUUCACUGUGUACUAAAUUUACUUAAUUCAAUUGUUGUAAUUUGCAUGAACGUAAUGAGAUUAUAUGGUAAAACUGUGUGUUUAAAACAAGUUGUUUAAAAUAUGUAGCGUUAUCAGUUUGGGAUAAUUUAGUAGGUGACUAUGUAAUAAAUUGAUAAAAGAUAAAAUCACUUCGUUCCUUAAGGGGCAUGUGUAAUCAAAUGUAAUAAAUAAACUAAUUUUGAACUAAAGUGGAGCAGUUUUGUGUAUACUCGGUUGUUCUGUCAGUUUUACAUUUUCCAACCUAUAGUCCAGUACUGAACGGUCUUCUCAUAUUGGCCUAGUAUUAAAGUUAAUCAGUUUUAAACUGUUCUCCCAAGAGAACAGUAUUACUACAGGAGAAAGAUAAAACUUAACUAUAAGUUCAUUUUUAUACUGGAUAGCUCUUUAACGUUCUCCCUAUAGACGUCCAGUAAAACCCACCCCUUUAUUUAUCCCGUCCUUGCAAGGCUAAUACUUACCAUUUGUAUGCCACAAAAAUACGAAACUACGAUUGAACCAUACCAAUGAAGAGAAAUAAAAAUAAUUGCAUGAAAUUCUGCCAUAUUGGUAAGGAUGGUUUGUUUAAAAUUGUUCUCCUACCACGCUGAAAAUAGUGCAACUGAUAUAAAUAUUGGCCUUUUUGGUAUUAUUAAAAAAACUAUCAUCAUCGUCGUCGUCGUCGUCAUCAUCAUCACCACCAUCAUCAUCAUCAUCAUUAUGUUUUUCACAGCUUUGUUCUAAUGCUGCCCAUAUGUUUUCCUUGGAAGCUGGCUACAACCAGUAGCCUCAGGUCCCAAAGAGUUUAGCUUUCCAAGCUUCUUCUCAGUAUUCUUUCUAACAAUGCUGUCCCUAACACUCGUUCCACCCUGUGGGUGUCGUGUUUCCACACAAUUUCUUGUUUUCCCAAUUUCCACUCGUGUCAAUAUAUUUGUUAAAUAACUUUCAUGGGUGACUCCCUAGUUCACGGUGAAAUGAACUGUACAGAAUAACUUGUGACGUAAGUGGCUUGCAUGCAUGGUCACAGACAAAAUAUAUGACUUGUGACUUGACUUGACUUGCUACUCAGAGUUAAUGUGAAUUGAUCUGGACUGGCAAAAUAAAACUUGCUAACAACUUUGCGUAGAAAUAAUGAUCUAUAAAAGAAGUUACUAGGCAGUUUUAAGUGUGUUUUCGUUUAAACAAAUAAAAAGUUUUGUUUCAAAAUGAGUCAAGGCUAGAAUGUUAUGGUCUUAAAAGUCAAGGACCAUUCAAAACAUUCCAAUAUCGUAAAUACAUGCAUGAGCUGAAAUAUUCUGAUCUGCCAUUUUAACCACGUCCACGGUCAAGGUGCAUGCAAGCUGUUUUUCUGGUGAAAUUCAAAGGUAUGUUCUCUCAUGCAAAGUCUGCUCAAAUCAAAGGUAAUGUUCUAUUCAAAGGAAUGCAAGGCAAGUUCUUCUUAGCAUUAUAGGGCUAGAUUAAGUUGUUAAUCUAGAUAUAAAAAACUGGGCGUAAAGCAUCUGUGAUUCCAAUGAUAUCGUUGCUAUAUUCGACCGUAAGACAUAAGAAUGUAUGCAUACUUUCCCAAACUAAGCCGAGUGAAUUAGUUUUGAGAAUUGGUGUUUUAAUAUUGAACCGCGUUAUUGCAAUUCUACUCUGUAAUAUUGCAUGAUGAAGGUACCGUAGUUCUUGUACCGUAGUUCUUACUGCUAUUCUUACCGCGUUAUGACCGUCCUCUGUAUCAUAGAUAUCUUAUAUAUAGACUAGAUAGCGCAUCAUCUCUUUUAAUAAAAUUGAAGCCAAGAAUAUUUCAGCGGUUACCCCCAUUUGAAUAGAUGGCGGCCAUGUUGGUGUUUCCCAUUCGCUAAUAAACGCUUAAAAAACAACAAUAACUUUCAUCAUUUGAAUAGUUUAAAAAUGUAUUUGGAAUAGGUUUACCUUAAUAUUUAAGUUCCCUGCUAAGAAAUAGAAAACAUACGAAUCUUCUCAUUUCAUGGGAAUAUCCUGAGUCUGCAAUCACGGCUUCAAUUUUUGAAUUGUAGAAUUAUAAUUAGAUGCACUAUCUAGUGUAUAUAAGAUAUCUAUGCUCUGUAUACGCAUAGAUCACAAAAAAAACACUUUUGAACUAUCCAUGGUGUAUCUACAGUAUAUAACUACGCAGAUAACGGUUAUGUAUUUGUUAUAUUAAAAAACUGAACUCUUAUAACUCUUAACACAACGAUUUUCUUCAUUCCUCUAUACUAGAUCAUAGCUUUGGUUACCUAUACCAUAUACCUAUAGUUUUUAACAGAAUUUCUCUUAUGCUGGACAUGAAAACCUGUAUUGCAUAUUUUAAUGACUGGUUCUACCACAUUUGGACUAAGCCGAUAUGGUUUGGGGUGACCAGUCAGGUUUGAAAUUUGAGAUAGAACAAUUGCAGGCCUUCCAAAAUCGGGAAAGAGAACAACUUUUUAUGGAGCAAUUGAUGAUUGGACAUCACUUCCUGAUGCCCUAAAGAAACUAAUGCCUCAAAGUAUUUUUAAGAGUAAACUUCUAAAUAGUCAGUAUAUUUAAUAUUAGCCGUGCAGAAUUAGUGAUGGCUCGGGGAUUAAAACUUUUAAUUGCUAGAAUUUCCCAUGCCCUAUGGAUAUUUUGCACUGGAACUUUUAAAUUAGCUUUUAUAUUGUACAUAUGUUUAGUAGAUAUUUAUUCUGGAAUUUUUAGUUUGAGGAUCUUCCUGAAAAUCCCUUCUUGUGACGGAAGCUUUGAGAAAUGAAUUAUUAUUAUUAUUUCGGCCAAAGAAUAAAAGGCAGAAUUACUGUUUGACCACAUGUAUUUCACUAUUCUUAUUUGUGAUUCCAAAUUGGAUAUUGUGUAUCAAUCUACAGCUUUCUGCCAAUAUAUUACUUUAUUCAAUUCGUUUUUGUCUUUGAUUUAGUUUUGGAGAAGAUCACAGUAUGUUGAACAAAAUUUUACUCGCUUUUGGAGUUGUGUUGGCUAUCUCAGCUUUGGGUAAGAAAAUUGAUAAGUUUUCAGUGAUAGAAUCAAUGCUUUAAAAUGUUCUGUUUUCGCCUUAGUCGUAUGCGAGAAGAGUGUAUUCAGUUUGGUCCUCACUGGACCUCUAGGAGGAACAAUAUUGAUAUUGAGAAGACUUGCGGAAAAGAAAAAGCCUGCAUGGGAACGAGGUAGCGCUGUCGUCUGCUGUACAAAUAUUAGGGAGUUUACGAAUGUAAGAUUAGAAGCCCAAGCGUUGAUAUGUGUUUUAAUUGAAUUAUUUCACUACAUUACACUAAUAUGUCAUAUAAUAAUAACUAGUUUACCCACAGGGUAGUGAACGCUGCCUUGGUAUAGCAAUGUGCCCAAAUCUUUAAAUGAGAUUUUUUGUAUGUUACGUGAUACGCGCUCAAAACUAAUGCGUAUAAUAUACCACAUGAGAUUAUGACUAAAAUCAAAAUUUUUAUAUUUCGAUACGUUUCUCAAUCGGUAAAAAAACCCUUAAAAAGUAUGUUUAGUGCUUUAUCUGUAAAAUAAUGCUAAAAUGAAGAGAUUUUAGAUGAUACGCCAAAGAGAAAAUGAUGUCUGAAGUUAAGUACGUUUUGCUUAAAUGGCUGUAAAUAUAGCGUCAAUUUUAAGGCAUCAUUGAUAUUGUAUUUUAAUUGGCAAUUUUUAACUAUUAUUUUAUGUUUCUCAACCGGCAGAUGCAUUUAAAAAGGUAGCUAACUCUAUAAACUGUAGACAAUAAAGCUAAAACAAAGUAAUUUUGAGAGGAACGCCAAAAAGAUUUUAGGUUUUGAACACUUUUCAUUGCAAAUACGUGACAUUGAAAAAAAUUGCCUCUUACACUUGUCAUUUGUAUUUGUACUUGUACUGCAUCACAAGGCAGUGCGUAAGUGAACAGAUUCCACAUGUGAGGUUGUCUUGUAUAUAUUUUUGCCUUCUUUGAUUUAUAGUGAGACGCACACUCGCACAUGUUAAAUGUCACCUGCAUGUCAUUGUCAUUGCCCUUUAACCCCUGGUCUAAAUCAUAUGAUUUACCAUACGGCAGCAAUAAUACUCCUAUAGUCGAACAUAUAACAACAGCAUAUAAGUUGCUUUGUAUUUGUAUGUUUUUUAUUUAUUUAUUUAAGAUCUAUUAUUAGCUUAUAUAAAAGCACAGCCUUUCGAACCUGACGGCCCGUUCGCAGGAUACGCGCGGGAUUUUGAAAUAGGGGGCGCAACAUAUAAAUUCUUAUUUCAGUGCGAAAUAAUGCGUGUAUCCUGCGAACGGGCUGUCAGGUUCGAAAGGCGGUGCUUUUAUAUAAGCUAAUAAUAGAUCUUAAAUAAAUAAACUGAAAAACAUACAAAUACGACAAAUCAACUUAUAUGUUGUUAUUCAUAUGUUCGACUAUAGGAGUAUUAUUAUUAUUAUAUGACAUAUUAGUACAAUGUAGUGUUAUAAUUCAAUUAAAACACAGAUCAACGCUUGGGCUCCUGUGGUCAGGACGACGGCUAAAGUGAACUGUUUGAAAUAAAUAAUUGUAUGAAAAUCUUGUUUUCUAUUUACUUUUGUUAGUUUUGUAUGAAUUUAAAAUGGUUUCGAACGAGUAAAACAGAGCUUUAACCCUCCGAGCAAUGCUGAUCAACUCUAGAAAAACUACCUGUCACGGCGUGAAAUGCUAGCGUACUAUACAAGACUCGUGAAAAUAUACAUUUUUCCGUUGUCAACAGAGCUUGGACGACGUCUAAAACCCCUGUUAGACUUUUAAUUAUUCAUUUCUUUUGCACUAUAGGAUUAAUGUCAUUCAGGGGCGAAACUAUAGCCACUUUUAAUUAGGGGGUGUCUGCUAGAAUUGCCCUGCGAAAGCCGAUCAUGCAUCAAAAAAAAAAAUUUUUCCGGACAUAAACCAAUUAAAUUAAGGGUCAAAAAAAUUUUUUCGGACAAAUUCCUGUUAAAACAUGCAUGAAACCCUUAUUUUUUUUACCAAUAUCUGUAAAAUUUAGGUCUAUAACUUCUAUUCAAUUCCCUCUGGAAGCCCUGGAAUCUAGUUAACAACUCUACAUUCUAUCAUUUAAAAUCUUUCAUUGCCCUGCCAAUCCAGAUGAUUUGCCCUGCCAAUCCAGAUGAUUUGUACUUUGGGGGGUGUCACACCCCCACCCCCACACCCCACCCUCAAGUUUCGUCCCUGAUGUCAUUGUAUUGAUAGCAGUCGUCCUGACGUUGCCGUCUCACAUUCGUAAACUCCCUAAUAACAUUUACUGAAACAGUUGAAUACGAACACGUUUUGCAAUGGGUAACAGAAGUGAUUAUGUUAAUGAAUCGUUCUUUAAGGUACGUUUACACGCUGCGAUUUGUCGUAUAUGAUUGAGACCCUGGCGUAUGAAAAUUACUGAUGACGACACAAUCCCUCUUCGUUUAGUUUAUGGCGAAAUUUGAAACGCAACCAUUUUACGUCGCGCUUGUUCGAUUACAAACGCCAGAAUACGAAUCGUAUUCGACAAAUCGCAGCGUGUAACGUGCCUUUAGGAAGAUGAUUUCAACACUGAGCUCCAUAUUAGAUCUUAACUGGAAUGUACUUUCGCAGCUACCCGAUUGUCAAAAAAUGUGUGACCUGUUUUAUGACAUUAUUCUCAUGGGUUUGGAUACAAUUUUCCCCCAAAAAUCUGUUAAACUUCACUGUAGAGACAAAGCGUGGAUUACCCCUGAAAUCAAACUCCUCAUCUCCCAACGACAAAAGGCCUUUGCCUUGGGAAAUACAAUUAAAUACAACAAAUUGCGAAAUAAAGUAAUUCACGUCGUGAAACAGGCAAAGUCUAAAUACUUCGAGUCUCAAGUGAAUCAUCUAAAAAAUUCAAAGCCAAGGAAAUGGUGGAAUGCUAUUAAAAACCUAGCUGGCUUUUCUUUAAAGCCUGCCUUCCAUUCUGCAGAGGUGAAUGGAACUAUCUUGCAGGGACGAGACUUAGCACUCGGUGUUAAUAACGGGUUUUUAGCCGCCACUAAAUCGUUACCGCCGCUUUCAAUUACUGAUAAAUUAUCUGUGGAAGAACCUACCGUUUUGUACCCCUAUCUCCGUUGUUGAUGUCGAAUCGCGUUUAAAAGCAGUUAAAUCGAAUAAAGCUCCUGGUCCAGACUCUCUGCCAAAUUGGAUUCUCAAUAACUUUUCAAUGGAGAUUUCAGAACCUGUGACAAUGAUUUUUAAUGCCUCCAUUAAACAAACACAAGUUCCAAUGCAGUGGAAAGAAGCAAAUGUCGUUCCCGUCCCUAAGACAUCCUCGGUCACGGAUAUAUCUUCAGACCUGCGACCUAUAUCUCUGACCGCCACGCUCUCAAAGGUUCUUGAAUCAUUUCCAUUUCAAUGGAUUAUGGAUACCAUUAAGUCUCAGUUGGACCCAAAACAAUUCGGAUCGUUAAAAGGCUCUUCUACGAUAGACGCAUUAAUUAGCAUGUUCCACUGUUGGUAUUCUAACACAGACGGCAAUGGCGAGACUGUUCGUGUUUUUCUGCUUGACUUUAGUAAAGCAUUCGACAGAAUCAACCACAAAAUCCUGAUAAAAAGAUGCAAUUACUAAAUAUUGAUAAAUCCUUAAUAAACUGGGUCAUUGAUUUUCUGAUGCAAAGAAGACAGAGGGUGAAAUUGGGUUCUUCGUUCUCUGAUUGGUCCUUGGUAAAUGGAGGCGUCCCGCAAGGUACAAUCCUUGGCCCAUUACUUUUCCUCAUCAUGGUCAACGAUUUGGCUAUUAACCACACAUAUAGAUGGAAAUAUGUUGAUGACACUAGUCUCUCCGAAACAAUCGGUAAAGGUUGUCAAAGUAACCUGCAAUCCGUUAUUAAUAAUAUCGAUCAAUGGUGCACGGAAAAUGAUAUGAUGCUUAAUCGUUCUAAAUGCAAAGAGCUAAUUAUCUCGUUCGCUAAGGACGUCCCUAAUCUUCGACCAUUGUUUAUUAAAGAUCACUGUAUGUCCCCAGUUUUAUCAGCAAAGGUUCUUCGUCUGUACUUUUCUUCUGAUCUUAGUUGGAACUUACAUGUUGAACACAUAGUAUACAAGGCAUCAAAGAGACUUUUUUUUCUCCGAGUGCUUAAACGCAGCGGUCUUGGAGGGAGUUCUCUAAUUCAAGUCUAUACCACAUGUAUACGACCUGUGCUUGAAUAUGCAUGCCAGGUUUGGAACUUAAACUCCCCUGACUAUUUAAAGGAAGAAAUCGAAAGAAUUCAGAAGCGAGCCCUAUGAAUAAUAUGUCCUGACUUGUCAUACCGCAAAGCCUUGGAAGUUCAUGAAAUAUCGUUGCUCUCUCAAAGACGAAAUAAUUAUGUAAAUCUUAUUUUAAGAAACUUCUCAACCCGGAAAAUAAAUUGAAUGAACUUAUCCCUAAUAAACGCGAGGACUUACGUACUUACAAUCUACGUAAUGAUCAGCAUAUUAACCUAAUUAAUUGUAAGACUACAAGAUUUAGUAAAAGUUUUAUUCCUUCUAGUAUCGUAUCAUAUAAUGAUUCAUUUUAAUUGUAAUAUAAAUUUUAGUUUUAAUAUACCGUAUAUUACUAUAUGUAUUAGUUUUACCAUGUAUUUUAAAUGUCAACUCUGUACAAUUCAGCUCUUAGCUGCCAUUCAGAUUUUGUAAUAAAUUCAAUUCAAUUCAAUAUAUAUAUCUCCAGCGAGAACUCGAGUCUAAAAAGUGAAGCCGAGAUGGCGGAAAUUGAAGAGCUAUGGGACGUCAGUUCCAGUCCCUACAGUUGUCUGCACGGUUAACUCGAAGCUGGCAAAGAUUUAACAUCGGAUUUAAAGAAUAAUAUUAUAGUUUUAUGAACUGAUAACUUGAUUAUAGUGAUACGGUUCGUUAGAAACAAACUGAAAUUAGCUGGAGGAAAUGAUACUAAAACUGUUUACGACCUUCAGAGCUAUUGGACGUCAAUGGACCUAUUACCUAAUGAACAAAAUUUUGAUCUAGACUAGACAAACAUUUCACCACAGCUUGAAAGAGCAUCGCAAAAUUAGUAAUAUUCCGAAGAUUCGUUGCGAAAUGUUGUAAAAUGCGGAUAAUAUAGCACUGCGAAGUUUGCCUUUCAGUUCAGUCAUUUUGUAUUACGCAUGGGAAAUUGAUAUCGCUUUCUGAAAAAAGGUAUCAAUUUCCCGUGCGUAAUACAAAAUGACUGAAAAACGGCAAACUUCGCAGGGCUAUAUUAUCCGCAUUUUACAACAUUUCGCAACGAAACUUCGGAAUAUUAUUAAUUUUGUGAUGCUCUUUCAAGCCGUGAUAAAAUUUUUGUCUAGACUUGUGUAGAUCAAAAUUUUGUUCAUUAGGGAAUAGGUCCAUUUUCCGGCGCCAUAUUAAUGACUUCAUAGGCCAAAUGACUGAAGUGCAUAUAUGCUCCAGAUAUAUAGAGAGCUCACUGGGUUUCUGUAGUUGUCUUUUAUUAAAGUGCCUAUGACACGAAAUUUCACCCACAUAAAAUGACUUAAUAAUUUCUUUUAUACCGGGUGUCCCAAAAAAAAGUACUCCGGUUUGAUUCGCAAUAACUUCUAAACAGGUAAAGCUUUCAAAGGGAAAUAACUUGCAUCAAAUAGGGGAAGGACUAACUUAGAUUUUGAUAUAUUACAGUUGUAUUUCACUUAAAAAUUCACGGAGAUAUUAAUGUUUAAAAUCGGGAGCAUAUUUUUGGAUGUGUCUGAAAUAUGCAAAAAACGGCGUAUCAAAUAUUAAUCAAGAUUUGCCCGACUGAAACAUGCACUAUUACCAGUAAAUAAAUGACACUUGAGAAAUUGUUUAUUAUGAAACAAAGUAUUAUUAUAUCUACAAAAUACAAGCAAGAUUUAUUCGUCCGAAAUCCGCGUUCGUUCCUAGCACGAAUACGUUUCCUUAUUUCAUGAGACCACUGCAUUGCGAAGGAUCGUCAUGAAUCGUUCGUAGUUCAGAAUUAGGGCAUGCUGUCACAAUGGAAUUGUGAAGCUCUUCUAACUUCUGCAACGUUCUGAAAUCUUGUUAAGAACACCCAAACUCUUUUGCCUUUUCUUAAUCUUGGCAAGUUCAGAAUAAACAGAGAAUGAAACACAAUCAAACCAUACAACUCCAUAAGACAUAACAAGCAACUCCCUAGAGACAUCCAACAUUUUUGGAACAAAACGUAACAAAAUAGUAGCGUUGAUACUGUGAUGUGUAUUUGCAAAAAGCAAUAUUAUUUCCUUCAUUAAAGAAUAAUAUUCAUCUUGCUAUAACCAAGAAAUAAUCAACUGUUUUGAACCCAUGAAAAACAUAAAAAAAUUAGGCUAUUUAAGAAAAGCUAUUUUAGCGCCUGCCUUGCAUGGUCUUUCAUCUACUUUUAAGUUUGUAAAAACCUAUUAAAUACUUGCAUAAUUUCGAACGUUCAUAUUUCAGGAAACAAUGAGCUAAGACUUACAAGUAAGUGUUAUGUAAGAUGUAUAUAUAAAUCUACGCCAUAUCCCUUACAAACCCUAACGAGAAUUCGCUGAAAUACAAGUUAGCCUGAUAUGUCAUUAAGCAGUUAAACGCUGGAGUUAAUAUUUGAUAUGCCGAUUUUCGCUAAUUUUAGACACAUCCCAAAAUAAGCCACCGAUUUUGAACAUUAAUAUCUCCGUGAAUUUUUAAGUAAAAUACAACUGUAAUAUAUCAAAAUCUAAGUUAGUCCUUCCUCUAUUUAACGCAAGUCAUUUCUAUUUGAUAGCUUUACUUGUUUAGAAGUUAUUAUAAAUCAAACGGGAGUACUUUUUUUUGGGACACCCGGUAGAAUUUUGGUAACUUGCUUCCUUUGCAAGAUAUUCAACUUUGACAUUGUUUCAUAUGCAACUGGUGUGACAUCACAUCGCAUAAUGACAUUUUGAAAACAAUAUUUUACCUUGAUAAAAUCUUUUACAAACAAAUACAGAGGGUUAAUUACCAGUUAUGAAAUUAAUACAUAUACAAGGGCAAUCUUUAAGUUUUUUAGAUACGUAUUCGUCAAGAAAACUGUAUACUUUUCUGAAAACUUAUUAUGUGAUGUGAUGUGAUGUGAUGUCACACCGGUCAGUGAUAUUUGCAUAUGAAACAAAGUUGAAUAUCUUGAAAAUGGAGCAAGUUACCAAAAUUCUAUGAAAGACAUUAUUAAGUCAUUUUAAGUGAUCUUUACACUGCAACUAUAAACAUUUGGGGUGAAAUUUCGUGUCAUAGGCACAGCCAAUCUGACAAAAAGUCUGAAUAUUCAUAUAAGUAUGAGAGCAACCCCUGAAACCCCAUAGAUAACACUUCGGUUCAACAUGAAAUACACUGACCUUACUCAUCAACAAUACCAUAUUUUCCUGAUCAAUGCUCCAACAUAUAAACCCUGACAGCGACAACAUGUUAUCUGAAUAUGGUCAUAUGGAUGAACAUGAACGGCCAAAGCACAGAGUAGAUAAGACAUACAGAGACGUAACUGACCGUUGUAAACACUGCGGAAGAUUACGUUAUCAUGUACCCACUUUUUUUCAGGCGACCGGGCGAAAAAUGAUCAACUGCGCGUGCUCAGCAAGUUUAAAGUGAGUCGUCAUCAGGUCGUCAUCCAAUCAGAUGCAUGCAUCUAGUAACUUGCCGAGCAUGCGCACAAAAAAAGUGGGUACACUAGUUACGUCUCUGUAUGUCUCUACUCUGUGGCCAAAGCGAACUCAACAUUUAGGUCUUCAGUAAGAUGAACUCCAGUACUUUGAACUGUAUCUAUAACUGGAUUGAUGUCUGUAAACGAUGUGUAGAGGGAAACCAGAUAACUGCAAGAAAACAAUAAACAUAUGUCAAAAAAUCCAUUGUAAUGUUGACAGGCCUUUGGCUUUGCAAAAUUGGUAUAAAAUUAACAAAAUGGAGUAUGCGCGAAACAAGUGUAGCGUAGACAUACUAUUUUUGAAUGAAUACCAAGGCUCAUAUUCUCCCCCCCCACCCCCCAAUAAUUUCCUUUGAAUGAUAGAUGAAUAAUUGUAUAACAAAGCUGUAUACCUAUAAUUUUGCAACCAUGAAAGCAUAUUUCUAGCUACAAAAGAUGGUCAUAUGUAGCAACCCCUCUCCCCUAAUAUUUUACGGAGCGUCCGCCACUGGCACUGGUGCUCGAGUAUUAACCAAUAAGAGAUCAUACAGGAAACUAAGUCUGAAAUACACCCUGCUGAAAUAUGUUUUAGAUCCCUAUUCUGUGCUGUCCGUCGUUUGGUAUAAAGCUGCUUGUCUGGUGAAUUCAAAGGUUACAGUAUAUUCUGUUCAAAGUAUAGUUCUUCGUUGGGCUAUAGCAGGGGCGGCGGAACAAAUUUUUUCGGCGCCCCCCCCCGUCGCCAAAAAAAUUUCGGUCAGUGUACCACUUUAGGGGUAUAAUAUACAAAAAAAGGGACGAAAAAAUUUUUUCCGGACUUAUAUCAAAAAAUUGUUUCGGAACUGAUACGGUUUUUUUAAACAAAAUAUUGCAAAUUUGGCCCCUUAUACCUAAAUUUUCAAAAAAUAACCUAAAUUUUUCCCUAAUUUUCAAAAUUUUUUCGAAAAAUUCAAAUUUUCUGGGGGGGCUAAGCCCCCCCGCUUUUACUUCUGGGGGGCUUUAGCCCCCCUAGCCCCCCCUGUUCCGCCGCCCCUGGGCUAUAGGUUAAGAGUGUUUUCGUAUCAGGUUGUUAAGGGAAAGAAUUGUGUGGGGGUUUUUAUAAUAAGAGCGAACGUUUACACGUUCGUACAAUUAUAGACGAACUUAAAGGCGGAGUUACACUAUACACAAGUUUGGUCUAAAACAGUCGCAUGCAACCUGUUUACAACUUGAGUUGUAGUCUGUAAAUCAAGCACGCAACUCACCUACGACAACGUACGUGAAUUGUGUGCUUGAUUUACAUACUACAACUAAUCACUAUUCAGUAACAAUUGAGACGUAUAGUUGCUUGCUACACGGGCCGUAUUUUACUACAGUUGUGUUCCCGUGCAGUUCGUGUUAAUUUCCUGGCAUGUUGACAUGCAUGUUUUUGGACGGCAAUUGCUAGAUAGUAUACUUCAAAAUAAGGUUUCCGUUUUUAUAUCAAUUUUUAAAAUAAGUUAGGGUUAGGUUAGGGUUUAGGUUAGGUUAAGGUUAUGGUGAGGGAUAGUAUAUUAGGGUUAGGGUUUAGUUUUGAGUUAGGAUAGUUUUUCUACGUUAUAAAAACGGAAACCUUAUUUUGAAGUAUACUAUCUAGCGAUCACCGUUUUUGGACAUUCAGAAUGGGCUAGAAAUGGCUGAACAAAGAAUGUUUUAUGGUUACUAAGGCAUCCUAUUUCGGCACAACUUCAUCAGGGGCGCCGGAAGCAAUGUGAAGCGGCGGGGGCAGCCAUUUCAAAAGGGCACUUGCUUCUCAGCCGUCAUUUUUCUGGGCGGCAAUAUUUGUUAAAACUUUACUGUAUGGAUACUCGAUUACUUGUGGCUAUUAUGGGUCGGAAAACUUCGACAUUAAUUUUGAACAAUUUUAUUCGUUGCACCGUGCUAAGGGCGCAAAAUAAAAUCAGUAAACGGACGUAUAUUGCCUGAUUUAGCAUUAAUUUUACUACCGUGAACUGGUUAAAAAUGAAACAAAGAUUGCUCAAACAUUGUUUAAAAAUUGUUAUAAAUUCCUAUUCCUGUGAAUUAAAGGAUGAAUUUCGAAGUGCAGUUUCGGUAAAAAGGGCAACAUGUUGCCCCCGUGCUGCCCCCGCACUGUUUGGGCAACGGGGGCAGUUGUCCCCGCUGCCCCCGUGGCUCCGGCGUCCCUGAACUUCAUGAUACAUGAACAGACACAUAUGCAUGCCUAACCAAUACUUAAAAAUCCAAUCUAAUUUCUGAGAAUCUGAGUUAGGCUGAGCCCUGUUUUCGUUUCCAAAAAUUCCUUGCAAAACGGUUUAAAACUAUAUAUAGAGGAUAUUACACGGCGGCGCGAAGAUAUGACUUUUAUCUUCGAGUGGUGCAAACAAUAUUUUACAUUUUUACGAACGAGCGCAGCGAGUGAGUAAAAUAUUGUUUUUAACACGAGAAGAUAAAAGUCAUAUCUUCAAGCCACCGUGUAAUGUUCUGUUUAUUAUUAAUUCUGUUUUAAUGUUCUGUUUAUAAAAUUGUAUAAAUACUAAAAGUCACGUGACCGAUAUCUUCACUAGUGAAGAUAUGGAAAAUAUGUCACUGUGUAUUUCUCAGUAUCUCACUCUCUACUAUAUAAUAAAUAUAUGUAUAAUAUAUAUAUUAUAUUAUACCAAUAAACUGAACACUGUCUUCGAUAUUAGGCUAUAUAGACAGACCUAGAACGUGGAAAACUCUGUGUAGCAAGUGUCGUUCGUUGCAAACAAACUGUCAUAAAUAUGUAGGAAUGUAUACUGUAUAGUCAUAGUUCAUGUUACAUUGUGAUUGUAAUUUUAUGUAUUGUUAUAUGUUUAGUGUAACUUUUUUUGUGCAUGGGACUUAAUAAGGAACAAAUAGUUCUGUUGUCUUUUCCAUCAAUCGUGCGAUUGUUAAGUUAAUAAAAAAAAAAGUUGAAUGGUCUGUGGCAAAGAAAGCUUCGGAUUGAUACGGAUGCAACUACUUGAAAAAUACAAGGAGAACUUCGACGUUUCAGGCGAAGGCACUUCGUCCGGAAGUUAGUCCGAAGGCUUUCACUCGAAACGUCGAGCGUUCUCUUUGUAUUUUUCAGGUAAUUGCAUCCUUACUACCUACUACAUUAUAUAACUAUAUAACUCAAGAUUAUAUAACAGUAUUAUAAAUAUAUCCUUGCAGUAUAUAUAAAUAUAUCCUUGUGUUUAUAUAAUAUACUAAAACACUGAAAUGGCCGGCGUGAGGUACACUUAUUCUAGCUAUAUAGCAGUUACAUUUGAACUUAUUCCGCAUCUAUAGCAAGGGUUCGUAGUCUCCAAAACCAAAAAAAUUCAAAUAUUUUCAAAAAAAUUUUCGGUUAAUUUUCAAAGACUUUUCAAAGACCUUUGAGAGCAAUCAGCUGUCGAAAAAUUGCGAGUUUAAGCACCAUUUUUAUCCGGUAAUUAGUCCUUUCAAAUCACAUCCUUAAUUCGUCGGUACUUGCGAAAAUCUUGCUUCAAUCAAUCUAUUUUAUCAGGUAGGAAAUCGUAUAAUCAGAUACUUACUAAAGAAUUUAAAGACUUUUAAAGACUUUCUUUGCUUUUCCAUGCACACAAUUCAAAUUUGAAGACUUUCAGUUUCAGGGAUUUCAAAGACCGCCACGAACCCUGUAUAAUAAUUUACUGUUUAUUUGCCCGGGAAAUAGCUUAUAAAACCGUCACAUAAAACAUAAAUGAUCAUAUAUAGAUUGCCGCUUGCUAUUGCAGCUUUAUUCAAGAAAAUGAAAUAUCUGAACAAAGAGACGUGGAAACAGAGCGGAGCAGCCAGCCAGUACAGCGUGUUUAUUGGCCAGAAAAUGUCAUUGACUGGCUAGGAAAAUGGCGGCCAAAAUGCGUAAUGCGACAUGCGCGAGGCCCUUCUAUAUGACUCUAUAUGGAUCUUUAUUCUAUAACUGCAAGGAUAUCCGCAGCAACCAAUCAAAUUGCGUGAAAGGCACUAUUCACCUCCCGAGUACAUAUUCAAUUUAUUUUUGUUUUUGAUUUAGUUGUGGAAAAGAUCACAGUAUGUUCAGCAAAAUUUUACUCGCUUUGGGAGUUGUGUUGGCUAUCUCAGCUUUGGGUAAGAAAAUUUACAAAUUUUCAGUGAUUAAAUCACAAGCACUAGAUAAAACAUGAGCAGCCGAUCUGUAUCUGAUAUCCAUGCAAACUCGAGCCGAAGGCGAGAGUUUGUAUAUCAGAUACAGAUCGGAUGCGAAUGUUUUAUCGUACUUAAAAAAUGACCCAUCUUAUGAGUUCAUUGGCGAAGUAAUUUUAAAAAUAAACAUUGUCUAAGCCGAGAAAAUCAAAGCUGAAGUUUAUGUAAAUCUGGACAAAUCUUUAUCCGAUUUACAAACAUUGAUUGUAUUUUCCUCGUGAAUUAUUAAUGAAUUUUUUACUGAUGCUUGAAAAUGUUCCUUGCUAGCAAUAUGCAGUUAUCUGAAAAGAUGUGGGAGGCUAUAUAUUUCAAGUUACAUAGGAUAAUGUAAUUGCUUGAUAUUGCUAGCUAAUUUAAACACGUCGCCAUCCGAUUUCCACAGAUUUUGACAGACAUUAAAAUCUCAUCUCAUCAUAAAUAUUUUGAUUUCAAAAUUGGCUGAUGGAGUACAAAAGGUACUCUAUCCAGUUCCAGUCUUUAGAUCAGUGGGAUGACCGCUGCCCGGUCUCUAGAUAUAAAACAGUUUAAACUGAAAGAGACAAGACAUGAUACCAGUUGCACUGCAGGAGUGCUGGGGGUAUGACAAGACAAUUUGCAACUAAUGAUCUACUGCAUUGUUUUUUUUUUGUUUUAGGGAAUGCUCUGACAUGCAAUGUUUGUACCUACUGGACAACACAGCCAAAAGAACAACAAAAAUGUACUACCACAGUCAACUGUACAACUGGUAUUUCAGAUUGUUACACAGGAUCUGGUAGCUACCAAAAUGGCACAGACGUUGUUGACAAAAGCUGUGGCUGCCCUGAUACCGAAGAAACGUGUAACAUGUUAACCACAAGAUUGGGACUGACAUCGUGUGCUUUUGAAUGUUGUAAUACUGAUAACUGCAACAGUGCAACUGGUGUCAUGGUGACCAAGUUUACUCUUUCCUUGAUGGUGAUUGUUGGUUUUAUUUUUGCUUGACUUGAUGUACUUUGCUUUCUGAUUGUGUAGUUUUACUUAAAUUUAAUUAAUUCAAUUGUUGUAAUUUGCCUGAACGUAAUGAGAUUAUGUGGUAAAACUGUGUGUUUAAAACAAGGUGUUUAAAACAUGUAGCGUUAUUAGUUUGGGUUUAGUAGCAUGAC